GUGGGUAUGGGGAAGUGAGAGGACUGACUGAAGAGGACUCGAGUUGCACACGAAGGGCGUGAGUCAAGCACCGCGCAUGCAUCAGAAAGUUGAUUUUGAAAGUGUUGCACAAUUGGACUGGACGUGAAAUCACGGGACACCAAGUGCCCUUAACUGUUGUGACAUCGGCCGAUUGACGCACGGCGUGCACACGCACCAUGACAGAAGCUGCGAUUAUAGAAGCAAAGCCUGCAUUGUCAGACAGUCCGCUGAUGUCCUUGUCCUUCCAAAAGAACACACAGAGGAAGUUCAAGUUUCUGGAGGGAGAGCCCAAAGCCCUGGGGAUCACCCAAAUAUGUCUGAGCAUAUUCCAAAGCAGUUGUAUGGCCUCGCUUAUUGCCAAUGGUGUGGACCAAAAUGAGGCUUUGGUGUAUUUUAUAAUUUCAUCCAUUUUGAUUUUCAUUGCAGGAAGUGUAGCUGUAGCAUCAAAAAACCUGCACCUACCCACGCUCAAGGCCUGUGUGGGAAUGGAGAUUGUAGCCACUGCAGCAUCUCUAUUCAACCUGGUCCUUGCACUGGUCACAAUGGAAGAGUUUUACUGCUUUCACUCAGAGUAUGACAACUCCACAUUUAAUGAAGGGGAAGGAAGAUACUGCAGAAAAGUUGAGGCUGCCCAUUUGCAGUGGUUUACCGAGUUAAUGGUCUUCCAGUUGACUCUGUUGUCCAUCUCUGUCACUCUGGCAGUCUAUGCCUGUAAGGUGGUCAACUGCUGCUCUCCAGCUCCAAAAGUGCCAGUGAUAACAAUACAAGCCCCUCCAGCCCCAGAGUGAUGAGGAUGAAUGAUCUCAAACAUGUUACCAGUGCAGUAUUUCACUAUGUGUAGAAAGAUGAGUGUGCAAUUGUCAUAUUCCUGUAGAUAAUUUUCAAUAAAAUAUUUUCUAUAUAUAUUUUCUAUAAAAUGUGUUACUCAAAUAAUGUUCAGUAAUAAUGUGAGAAAUCAAGGGUGUGCAAAGUGACACCAGAAAUGUACUGAGGAUUACAACCUCACUCAGGUCAAGUAUGCACCAUGUUUGUGAUUGGGGUUAGUAUCAUACUGAACUAGAAUGUCCUUACAGACACAGUGCAAACAAUUAUCACAAUUUGAGCCAAUUUAGCAGAAAGCCUUAUAGGUUCAGUAAAAUGGGUCCAAGGGCAGCAUUUGGCCCUCAUGCCAUAGUUUGGACAACACAAAUAAACUGAUAAGAAUAAAUUUUUGUAUUGUAACAUUGUAUGAUUUCGUGCCGUUUUGUAUAUCAAGGGGACAUUUAUAUGGAGAUUGUCAUACCCUGAAUUGGGCAUCACUCAAAUACAGUACAAGUACUCUUUAUUGAGUAAAAGUUUUUAUUAGGCCUAGCCUACUUUUUCCACCAUGAGUAUACAAGUGACAGAGGUUUUGUUACUGUUUACUGUUUUCAACAGUAAACAGACUAACAAACCACCCCCAGCUCCGCUGUCACCAGUCUGAGUUCAUCUACAUGCUGUCUCGAUGUAUUACCCACUAAAUUUCUAAAGUCUGUGCUCAACAGUUGCAGUUUGUCACCACUCACUUAACAUAUCACUUCAAUCUGGAACAUUCCCAAGAGCUUUGAAAACUGCGGUUAUCAAGCCUCUCCUAAAGAAGAACAGUCUUGAUGUCACGAUAUUGAACCAUUACCAACCAAUCUCAAAUCUGCCGUUUCAAGGCAAAGUCCUUGAAAAAGAUGCUUGCCAACAGCUGAUUAACUUUCUCCAAAUGAACAACUCCUUUGAUGUUUUCCAGUCAGGUUUUAGACCCCACCACAGCACUGAGACUGCUCUUAUCAAGGUGACAAAUGACAUUCGCUUGAACACUGGUGCAAGCAAAGUCUCAGUCUUGAUCCUGUUAGAUCUGAGUGCUGCUUUUGACACUGUGGAUCAUGGGAUCCUUUUACAGAGACUAGGGGACUGGGUGGGCAUCUCUGGUACGACACUAAACUGGUUCAUGUCCUAUCUAGAAAACAGGGAGUACUUUGUUGAAAUUGGAAAAUGUGUCUCAGAUAAAAUGUUGCUAACCUGUGGGGUGCCGCAAGGGUCAAUCCUGGGACCUCUGUUGUUCAAUCUCUACAUGUUGCCGUUAGGCCAGUUAAUACACACAACUAUGCAGAUGACACUCAGAUCUAUGUCUUACUGGCAGCAGGUGAAUAUGGACCAGUGGAUUCACUCUACCACUGCAUCCAACAGAUCAGUGUGUGGACUGAACAUGGGGAAUCAGCGUUUCAGUUUUAUGCAGCUAAAACCAGGAACAGUCUUAAUGAAGAUGUGAGACAGGCCUCUACUUUGACAAUGUUUAAAUCCAGGCUCAAAACAGUUCUGUUUAGCUGUGCAAAUGACUGAAAUGUUUUUUAUUCUGCACUCUUCUGUUUUAAUAUUAAUUUUAUGAUGAUUAUUUGUGAUUAUUUAUGUUUUGAUUUGUGUGAUUUUAAUGUCCUUCAUAUUCUGUAAAGCAUUUUGAAUUACUUUGUGUACGAAUUGUGCUAUACAAAUAAUCUUGCAUUGACUUUGUGUUAUUCUUCAGAUAUAUAUGAGGAUCUUAGCAUUUUUUAGAGAGAGAGAUACAGAGCGGAACUCACAGAGAAGAAAGUUCUGAAAGUAGGAUGUGAAAUCUGUGGAAAUAGCGCAUAGCCGACAUGGCAGGUAAAUUAAUCUUUUGUGUGCCAGGGCAUGGCGACCCAUGGAAACAUAGGACUUAGUAAAACAUGAAUAAUGACGCUGUAAAAUAGUGUUGUUAUUUUUCUCCUGGAGGGGUUGUUGUGGAUAGGACACAGGACAGUCCCACAAUCUUCUGGUGUUUGUGUCGGACACAAAGCCCUGGGCUUUGGGUCUGUCUCUUACUGUGUCCUACUUUACACAGUUAAUUAAGUUAUGUCCCUGCCAAUCUCCAGAUCACCCAAAUAUACUUCAUCUCCAUCUUCCCACGGUGUAUGUUUGUAAAACGAGCAAAUGACAACUUUUUGUCAUUUCGUGCUUCAGCACUUCUGGUGUCGUCAUACAAGUACGAGUAGAAAUGGCAUUGAAUCAAAUAUACAAAUGUAUAUGAAUAAACAAAAAGACAUGACUCUAAUGGUUAUAUGCAAACUUCAGUGUCAACUCAGACAUACUGUAAAAUAUUUAUCAACUCUACACUUUGUAGACUAUCACUACACUUUUUUCAAGCUCAGGGCUCCUCUGGGAAUGGAGAUUUUUGCCAGAGUGGCCUCCUUGGUCAACCUGAUUGUCACCCUGUUUCAGAUAAUGAUCUGUUGCAGUACUUGGGAAUUCUUGCUAUUACUCUUCCACAAGUCAAGGCAGAAAUAACUGCCAGAACACAGACGUAUGCAUAUUUUUUCAUUUAAUAUAAUACUCCGAAAAUAUUUAAACUUAAAGGGGAAUCAAUUCUCCAUUGUAAUGUACUUGUGUACAUAAAGUGCUUGUUGUUC